ACAUCGAAGAAAAAUCAGUAUAUUAGUAGAAUAAAAACAUCAAAAAACAUAACUAAAGCCAUGUGGCAAAUUAUAAAAGAGCGAACUAAUAAAAGAAAUAAAAAAAUACAUAAAAACAUACAGUUAAAAUACAACGGAGAUAACUUAAAAGACCCCUAUUUGGUCGCAAAUACUUUCAACAAAUAUUUCGUUUCAGUGGGAUCGCGUGAUAAUGAGGUUAGGAUUCCCGAAGGCCGCCCUGUAGUACAACCAAUUAAUAACACCAUGUAUCUCAGACCAGUCACUACACUUGAGGUAACAAACAUUAUUAAAAAAUUAAAAAACAAGUCAAGUUAUGGUAUUGAUGAACUUCCACCUACAUUAAUUAAGUACUGUAGAGAGGAGCUAGUUGAACCACUUACAUAUUUAAUUAACCAAUCUUUUGAACAAGCCACGUUUCCUGAUUUAUUAAAAAUAACCGUAGUAAAACCUGUUCCUAAAAAAAUUAAUGCCAAAGAACCCGAAAACUUUCGCCCAAUAGCCCUUUUGUCGACCUUUUCUAAAAUUUUUGAAACCGCAAUGGCCAUCCGCCUUCAAUCUUUUUGUAAAAAAUACAAUGUUUUCAAUGAUAGUCAGCAUGGCUUUCGAAAAGAAAGAUCUACUAUUACAGCCGUUUAUAAAUACGUAAAUGAUAUUUUAAAUAUAAUAAACACAAAUAAAUAUGCCAUAGGAAUAAUGUUGGAUAUGAGUAAAGCAUAUGAUCGGGUCUCCCAUAAAAUUUUAUUAAAAAAGCUAUACGAUAUAGGUAUUCGAGGAAUAGCACAUCAAUGGUUUGCGUCGUAUUUAAAUGAUAGAGCACAAUUUGUAGAAAUUGAUUAUUAUGACUGUAGUUCUGGCCUAUUAAAUUGUACUAGAUCUCAAAAACUGCAAGUAGUACGUUCAAUACCCCAAGGUAGUGUAUUAGGGUGCAUUUUAUUUAUAAUUUAUAUCAACGACGUGGUAACUUGUAUUGAUAAGAAAUGCAUAAUAUACGCUGAUGAUAUAUCUAUAGUUUUUCCAUGUAACAACAGCCAAGACCUGCAACACCAACUAUAUAGUACAAUAGACAAAAUAUUAGAAUGGUUACAAGACCACAAUUUAGAAAUUAAUAUAGCUAAGACAUCAUUGAUACAAUUUAAACCAAGGCAAAAACAACCCCUCCAAACAAAUAUUACAUUAAAUAAUAAUAGCAUAAAAUUCGUGACCUCAUGUACCCUAUUAGGAAUAGAAUUAGAUUCAAAUAUUAACUGGAAACCACAUAUAGAAAAAAUUGCCGCUAAACUCUCAAAAUUUACUUAUGCACUGUACGAGUUGAAAAAAUGCACGGACUUAAAAACUGCUACCAUUGCCUAUUAUGCCUACGCUAAUGCUUGGUUGAAUUACGGGAUCAUUCUUUGGGGUAACAGUACGGAAGUAAAAAGAGAAGUCUCCACCAACGACCCUUUCGACAAAUGCUACAUCGGCGCCACCGCAGAGCUGGACGAGGAGAGGGUGUUCUGCGGACAAAUGGCGGCGAUAUACCUGUUCGGGGAGGCACUCACCACCCACCAGAUAUGUGCCAUGCAUAGGCUAGGACCCGGAUAUAAGAGUCAGUUUCGAUUCGACAACGAAUGCAACAUCAGUUUGCCGGAGAACCACAAAAGGGUGAGCGAGUCCGCUCCCGCGCUUGAAAGUGCUGAUUCCCCCGACCCUGAGACCUCUUCCCUAUCUCCUGAUUCUCCCCCCGAGCCCGCUUCGCCAGACGAAGAUACCAGGAGCGCAGAUACCAAUGAAGCAUGCGUAGUUGUGAAGGAGGACGCUACCCCUCGAGGAAGGCGCCUGGCUGACGAGGCGCGCGAAGUCGCCGCGGCGCAUGCUUCCCUGCUCGUAGAUAUUGAAGCAUGCAAGCGUGGUCAGUUCCGUUUCGACUCCGAGUGUCAGAUUCUGCUGCCGUCCACGGAUAUCCGAGUAGACCGCUUUGGAGAGCUCAUCUACGACCCCACUCAGAACACACACGACUUAAAAGAUGACGGACGAAAUGCAGGCAAGGGGUCGCGGACCAGCAACCUCGUGCGCAUGCGCCGAUCAGCUCUCGGCAAGUCCGCGCCGACGUUGUCCGUCCACGUGAAAGAACAGUGCACUGUAUCGCGACGGCCGUCCCGCCUGCCGCCGCCGCCCCCGCACCACCGGCUUUCGCUCGUGGUCGGGUCCGGUAGAUGCAGCUCGCCGGGCACGGGCCCGCUGUCUCCGGCGGAGGGCGUCCGCUUCACGCACUCGCACCACCCGCACCCGCUGCACCAUGCGCUGUUGCAGUCCAGCGUCAAGCGCGGCAAGGAGCUCGAUGGUCGCAGGUGGUCGGUGGCGUCGCUUCCCUCCUCCGGGUACGGAACCACCCCGGGCAGCUCCAGCUUAUCAUCACAAUGCUCGUCGCAGGAGCGUCUGCUGGCGGUGCAGGCGGUGUGCGAGCCACCAAGAGCACCUUGCCCGCACUGCCACCAGCAUCAGAACUCUCUCAACAGCUCGCAAGGCAGCGGCAUGAACAACUGGGCGUCGCUGUCCGACAGCGGUGGCAGCGGCCACGCGCACGCGCGCGCGCCGUCGCCGCAGAGCCCGGCGCGCCGCGUGCGGAGUCGCAGUCUCAGUUCCCCGUCUCGUUCCCCGGGGGGUGCGGGCGGGAGCGGCGGUGAAGGCGCGCGUGAUGACGCAGUCUCGGCCAUGUCGUCACUAUUCGCCGCGCGCUUCCCUGCCGCGCAAAAGGCUAUGAACGACAAACUGAGAUCCCUAAUCGAGGAGGUGACCGAGUUAGAUAAGAAACCAGACCGACCGCCUAUAGAGAGAUUUGUUCAGAGACAGGUACUGGAAAUGGCCCGCGACUGCUUGCACAAGUCUGAAUCGAAACAAGUCACCAGCAGCUAUUUCUACGAUAUGGCCGACAGCUUAGACCGACUUUUGGCUGAGACGCGCGAGAAGUCAUCAGAAGCGGGCGCGCAAGUGGCUCCUCUAGUGACGCGGCUGGUGCUGGCCAUGGCGCGGCCGGCGCGGCUGUUGGAGUGCCUGGAGUUCGACCCGGAGCGGUUCUACCGGCUGCUGGAGGCGUGCGAGGGCCACGCGAGGCAUCUGCAGGGUUUAACAACAGACAUCCCUCAGUACAUCAUCCACAAACUAGGGCUCUCCCGCGACCCGCUGGCCGAAUUACACGCGCCGCCGCCACCGCCUCCGCCGCAGAACAUAUCGCCGAAUAAAACCCGCGGCCGUCAGUCGCCGCCCGGCGCGCCCGGAUCCAUCAACGGAGCGCCGCCGUCGGAAAACGACUACCAAGUCAUCAAGCUGAUCUCAAACGGCGCCUACGGGGCCGUGUAUCUCGUCAAACACAAGCAGACCAGGCAGAGGUAUGCGAUGAAAAAGAUAAGCAAAAACAACCUGAUCCUUCGAAACCAAGUGGAGCAAGCGUUCGCGGAAAGAGAUAUACUCAGUUUUGCUGACAAUCCUUUCGUGGUGACAAUGUACUGUUCUUUCGAGACGAAGCGCCACCUCUGCCUGAUACUGGAGUUUGUAGAAGGCGGCGACUGUGGUACCCUAUUGCGCGCCGGCCCGUUACCCGCAGAUAUGGCGCGACACUACUUCGCCGAAGCAGUGCUAGCCGUGGAAUACUUGCACUCUUAUGGCAUCGUGCACAGAGACCUGAAGCCUGACAACUUGCUCAUCACCGCUACGGGCCAUAUCAAACUGACCGACUUCGGGCUCAGCAAAAUGGGUUUAAUGUCACUGGCAACAAACUUAUACGAGGAGUACGCGGAUCGGGAGGCGCGACAGUUCUCGGACAAGCAAGUCUGCGGUACUCCUGAGUACAUCGCGCCAGAGGUCAUACUGCGGCAGGGCUACGGCAAACCAGUGGACUGGUGGUCUAUGGGCAUCAUCCUAUACGAGUUCCUGGUGGGCUGCGUGCCUUUCUUUGGAGAGACUCCGGAAGAACUGUUCGCUCACACUGUCAAUGACGACAUAGAGUGGCCGUCAGAGGAGGACUUCCCUAUAGCGGUGGAAGGCCGCAGCAUCAUCACCGAACUACUGGCGCGGAACCCUCGCGACCGCCUGGGCACCGGCGGCACGCAUCAAGUCAAGGAACACGUGUAUUUCUACGGACUGGACUGGAACAACCUCCUGAGGAGGAAGGCGGAGUUCAUCCCGCAGCUGGAGAACGACGAGGAUACCAGCUACUUCGACAGCCGCUGCGACCGCUACAACCACAGCGAGGUGGACACAGACGAGGCGGCCGAAGCGGGUGAUGCGCCCGACGAUGCAGGAUUGUUUGCAGCAUUUAGCAGCACCAGUCCUCAAUGGCGCCGCCACUACCACUCAGGCUUGGAGCACGACUCUCGGAGCACAGACAGCUGGCCCGGCACGCCGGAUAGCGCGGGUCCUCCCACCACGCCUACCGCGCCAUUGCACCACCACCCCAAGUGUCCUAUGAUAGGAGGCAGUGCAUCAACAGCUGAGUCCUCGCAAACGGAUUCAGACGACGUGUCACCAGCCUGCCGCCGCCGCACCACGCUUCGAGUGCACCCGCACCCGCCGCACCCGCCGCACCAUUCGCACCACGCGCACCUAGCACUUGUGCCGAGGAUGUCGGAGAUAGCCAAGAAAGAAGAGAGCAAGAGCAUGGACCGUCCGGAUAAGCCGGACAAGAGCAAACCGUCCGCGUUGGUGGCUACCAAGUCUAUGCGACGCUCCGCCAGUACCUCCGGACUGUCACUCGUUAUCCAUCCUGCGGACGACAGUUCAUUCGGCGGCGGCGCGGCGUCGCCUUGCGCGGGCAAUACUUCAUCCACCAACUCGUCGCGAGACUCGUCGCCGUGUCGAGACCCGCCAUCGCCGUUCGCUCUCGCCAACCACUCUUUGAUCCAGUCAUCCAAGCCUCCGAUCGUGGUGCGGCGCGGGCCGCGUGGUUUCGGGUUCACCAUUCACACCGUGCGCGUGUAUUACGGCGACACGGACUACUAUACCAUGCAUCACCUUGUUUCGGCGGUGAGCGAGCAAGGCGCGGCUUGGGCGGCGGGUCUUCGCGCGGGAGACCUCAUCACACAACUCAAUGGAGAGUCUGUGCAAGGCUUGCUGCACACACAGGUGUUGAGAUUGCUGUUGGCAGCACCGCAUGCAACACUUCGGGCUACACCUCUCGAUCAAACCACUAUUCAGGCGGGCGGGCGGCGAAGGACCGGCAACGGCAGACGGGCCUCCGCGCCGCCGCGUCCGCGACCGAGAAGGCGCUGUUCGCUGUUCCGGCGCAUUUCUACCAAGCGCGCCUCGCAGGAGAUGCAGCAGAUGGUGACCGGCGGCGUGGGUAGUGGCGAUUGUCCAUCUUCUCCCGCCUCGUCAUCGCCAGCGGCUGAUAGUCCUCUGCACACCACUACACACUAUCAAAGGCCUUCAUCGCUCCACGGAUUAAAACACAAGUUAGCCGGCGGCGAAGUGCGACGUGCAUCGCUACAACACAUGCCGCUGUCGCCGCUCGCGCGCACGCCCUCGCCCUCGCCGCAGCCGCCGCCGCAGCCCGCCUCGCCCACCAGACUCCACCCGCGCUCAGCCGAAUCCAAAUGCUCGAUCUCGCCUCUCUGCUGCGGGGGGGUCAACGUGUCAGUCGCCGUGGGCCCCGUGGCGGUGGCGGGGGUCGCCGUGUCGGGGGGCCGCCGGGGGGUCGUGUGGAGGGCCCCCGCGCCCGCGCCGCCCACCCCGCCCCCCGCGGACAAACAGGACGAGCCUCCGCUGCCGAGGAUAGCUGAGGAGAAGGACUCGCCUACGCACCAUGCGAAGAACUUGCCCAAUAGAACACCAGCGAAGCAGCAGACGACGCCGAACAUAUUCACGUCGUCCCCCAAGACGAGCCUAGACAAGACUUUCGAUACGUCCGCGUCAUUCGCUUCGCUAUCGCUGUCCGACGAGUCGUUUGCGCACGACUCGUCCGACCUGUCCGCGUUGGAUACCUCGCGGGAGCUUAACAAGUUUGACGACAGCCGAACAAGCUCGGAGCUGAACGUGAUAGUGGAAGAGCAAAGCAAGAGCAAGAAACCACAAUCCGAGCCUCCUCCACCGAUCCCCGCGGCUGAACCACCAAAAACAAGGAAGAAGUCCGACACCAGCCUCAAAGAUGAAGACCUAAAACCUAAAGACAAGAAGAAAGACAAACCAGAGUUGAAGAAACAAGACUCCGUAAAGAAAAUCGAAAAACCAGAGCCGAGAAUAGAAGAGAAAAUCGAAAAAGUCAUACCCGAAGUCAAAGUUGAAGAGAAAAAGCCGGAUAAAGUCAUGGAGAGGGUCGGUUCGGUCAAAAGAAAUGAGAAGCAAGAGAAAGCAGAAGCUAAGAAGCAAGAGAAGCAAGAAAGAGCGGAGAAGAAGCAAGAGAAAAUGGAAGCGAAGCGGUCGGAGUCCGUCAAAAAGAUCGAGCUGAAGCGGCAGGACUCGGUGGAUGCGAAUAAGUCCCCUGAGGCAGCAGAGGGAGACACCCGCCGCAACAGCAGCAUGGUCAGCAAGUUACUGGGUGUUAUGGGCCGCAAGACGACCAGGGACGAUGACGAGCGCCCGCGCGCCAAGGACAAGCCUAAGAAGCGGCAUGGUCAGCAAGCUGCUCGGCGUGAUGGGCCGCAAGACGACCAGGGACGACGACGAGCGCCCGCGCGCCAAGGACAAGCCGAAGAAGCGGUGCUAGCUCAUACAGCGGGCGACACCCGCCGCAACAGCAGCAUGGUCAGCAAGUUACUGGGUGUGAUGAGCCGCAAGACGACCAGGGACGACGACGAGCGCCCGCGCGCCAAGGACAAGCCUAAGAAGCGGAACAACAAUCCCCCUCCACAACAGCCGCCGAAACCGCCAGAAGUAGUGGCGGAAAAGUCGGAAAAACCAGAAGUAGACGACAAAAAAGGAAAGAAGGGGCGUGGCCGCGCAUCCAGCUCCUCCUCGGGCGAGAAGUAAGCGAUUUUCGACCUCAACACGAUUCAAUAAGGUUCAGAAUAUAACACCAACUCUAAAACUUACACCUACGAAGGGAACAGACUUGCAAUUUUCUCAAUAUAAUCAUAAUCGAAUUAAUCUUGCUAACCGACAUGUUUACCAUCAUUUCGUGUCUUAGAUUUGUCACACCAAAAACCACGUUAUUCCUCUUGAUAUAGAGUAACAUUUUGUUCAUUCGAAUGUAAGGUGUUUAGGACACUCGUCCUUACGAAUGUAUUGAGAAAAAUAUAUUCUUGUUCAGAUUUUUGAAGACAGAUAAAUGUGUAGUUUUCGAUGUGAAAUUAGAAUGUCGUAGAUUAAGCUUUGCGCUUUUAAAGGAAAGGAAACGUGGGGAUAGGUUUAUAAAUUUGAAUUUGUAUUCAAAUACUUUUAAAAGUGAUUUGUCGUAUUUUAUAAUUAACUUUGAAAAUUUUAUGGAUGUAUGUAAAUAUUGCUUGAAGAGUUUUUGUGGUAGUUUAAGAGUUUCAUAACUUCACCAAUUUAAUAAUUUUAGCGAAUAUUUAAACGCUUUUGAACGACUAAAUCCCUGCGUUUUGAAUGGUUAUAAUAAUGUACUUAUUUAAAACUUAAUGUUGAUGGAAUUUCGACUUUAAAUGUAUGGUGUUAAUGGUGAAGUGUUCAGAGAAAGAGACAGGUAUACAAUCUAGUGAGACGAAUGAAUGAAUACGAUAUAUUUUGUCUGAUGUCUACAACUGUAUUUCUUAGAUUAAGGUGUAUCCAUUAUGGAAUAUCAUUCGGUGUUCGGUGUUGUGUUGAGUAAAUUAAAACAUUUCUAGUUGAUUCUAUAUCUUGUAUAUUAUAUUCGGCAUUAGUUAUGUACAGUUUUGUUCGGAUCCAGCUUUUAGCAUUGUCCAUAUUGUCCAUAUAAUCAUUUUUGAUAUGAAUUUUGCACAUAAAUCUCGCAAGAGACGAUUUUUUGUACAGUACAGCACUGUUGCCUCGAGUCUACUUCUUCAGUUGACGUUGUAGAUCGUUACUUAGGCGAUUAUCACACUGCACCGCGCUCCGCCGCGGUACGCGGGACGACAGAUUGAAUCAUUGUAUGCAAGUACCUCAGUUUGUAUAGAAAACACGCGCGGCACAACACACUGACAACGCAUCUGCGCGCGGGAUUCUUUAUAAUAAUAUGUAGCCACGCGGACCGCGGCGGAGCGCGGUGCAGUGUGAUAAUCGCCUUAGUCAAAAUGAUGAAAGACAACAGCUAAUAAAUAAAGUGAGAUCACUAACCUGUACACCGAAUAUCAAGCAAAGAAAAAGUACAAAAAUAUUAUUUAUAAAGCGAACCAACCAAAUGUACAAGAUGUGGAAUCAACAUAGACUUUAAACGUAAAAUGUAAAAAAAAUCUCGCUGUAAGCUUUUCCUAGACUGUGUAUAGCUUUAGUCUCGUUAUAAAUAAAUAAAUAAGGACGACUAAACGUUUCCUAGCCUCCCUCUUUCGGUUUGAAUUCGCGUUUUCAGUAUUACAAUAUUGAGGCACAUAAAUUAGUAUUUUGUUAGUUUAAAAACAAGGAAUUGUUGCGUACAUGGUUUUAAAAAGAUUUAUUUAUGCGAUUUAUUGUGAUGCGUUGAACAUUUUGUCGUAAUUGUUCUGUUUGGGGUGUUCACACGGACUUGAUAAUAUCUGCAUGCCGAAUUUUCAGUUUAACGAAUAAGGUAGUCAAUUUAAAGUGUCUUUACAUCUGUAAUUUACUUUAUUUCGUUAAUCCGAAAGUAUACCGUAUUGUUCAAUGUGCAAACAUCUCAAACAGAAUCUAGUGAAAUCAAUCAAAAUCAACGUAUCUCUUUUUUAUUAUUAAUCUCAUUUUAGUCUUUAAUCUUUUCGGAGUUAGUGUUUUUUGUAAAAAAAAAUCUAUAGCCGAUAGGGUCGUAUUGUGAUAUAUUUUUAAAGCUUGGUAGUGUUUUUUUAAUAUGUUAAUGUUUUUAAUCAUAGAAACACUUAGCUUUUAACGUUUUCUUUUUGACUGUUUGUUUUUGCUGUUUUCCCACUUAUUAUUAUUGUGUUUUUAUUGUAUAUUCUUAUUUUUUUCUCUUGUAUAUGUGAAGUUUGGCUGGGCAAUGGUUUAACUUCAGAUUCUUCAAACAAAACAUUAAAAAGAAAAACGUUUGACUGACUGUUGCUUUGAAAUAAACUUGAUUUUAAUCAAUUGCAAUUCGAAAAACAUAAUAAUAGAAACUUGGAGCUAAAUAAUUUUCAAUUAAAAUAAUUAAUGCAGUGCCAUAGUUGAGCCUUCUUGAAACAAGUACUUAUCAUAGAAGUACUUGAUUUAAAUAAUUAACAUAAAAUCUUGACAUUUUUACCCCAAUAAUUUCAUUUCUUCAUAUUUAACAACGGAGGCUCACAUGAAAUGUCUUCCCAAACUGUUUAUUUGUUAUGUUGUUUACUUUAUUUGCUAACAACAAUUUAAUUAUAACAUUUAUUUUAAUCCCAAUCAUCAAACAUUCCAACUUGAUAGAAAUAGAAGAAUAUUCGCAUAAUAUUGUCCCUUUAUAAUAUAGUACACUAUUGUAUACAAAGGUUGUACUUGUAUAUUUAACAAUAAAAUAGGUUACUUGUGUUUCUUGUCUUGGCGCAAGAGUAGAUAAGUGAUCUAUUUUCCAUUUUAAAAUUAUUUUAUAUUAUGUAUUAAAGUUUCACAACUUUGAAGGUAUAUAACAACUGUAAUCUGCACUUAGAUUAACAAAUUUUCUAUAUUCUGGUCAGGUAUAUAAAAACCAAUGUUAUCUACGUCAAAUUAAGCUUGUUCCACUAUUUUUUAAAUUAGAAAAAUAUUGUAUUCAAGCAAUACUCAUUAAUUAAUUGUAAAUUAAGAAUAUAUUAAGUUGAGGUUUUGUUUUGUACGCAUGGUAUCACAGGGUAAUAUCGACGUACCCUAUAAAUAUUAUUUCAUGACGUACUAGCGCUAUUUGAAAAUGCAGGAGUACGAUACAAUGGAUUUUUAGCAUUGGAGUAAAUGAAAUUGUUUUGGGACCAUUGCUAAAUUGUUUAAAUGUGUAUUUAUUCGAUAAUUUCGCUAUUUACUGACCAGGAGUAAUCGUUACUCAAUGUUUUGCUCGUGCCCUGAGCGUUAGGUCUUGUACUCACUUGCAAUAAACAAAUUCUAGAUGCUUAGUGAAAGCCGAGAGAUCUAAUGGGUUGUAUUUUCUUGCAAAUGCUUACGGCUGCCCUAACGCUCAGAAUGGGGGUAGGCGAGCAUCUCUGUAAGGUUAGCCCGCUCGUGUGUCCCUAGCGUAGUAUUAACUCUCCAUCUCGAUGUUCACAUACAUAUUAUGUAGACCGCCAUAAUUAAACUGCAGAAAUAACUUAGUGUUUAAAAUGUUAAAUGUGAUUUAUAAAUAGUGUCUAUAGUGAGCGAGGGAAUAUUUUCUCUAGAGUAAUAUUAUGUGUAUGAAUUGAUACGGAUAUGAAAUAAAGUCAUGAAUUAACCGUU